UGGUCGUUAUUAUUGUGACUUAAAGUGUCAGGUUUAGUUCCAUCAUAGUAUUAAUAGUGGCUGAGCCCCCCUAAAGGUCUGAUCUUAGAAUCGCCCCUGGUACAGAAAAUGUUGUUCAUAUUAUAAGGCAUUAACAGGCAGAUGGGGCUACUUGUGGUUUCCCUUUAUAAUGACACACAAUCUUUCAGUAUUCAGUGUUAAAUCUAUUUGCACUUGAUAUUAUAAAUGCCAUUGUUUUCAUGUUGUCAUGUUUGUAAAAAUCCAGUGUUACCGUUCAGCUGCGAAAGACAGGAAAAUAAGAAGGAACUAAGUGUUGAGGAAGUGCAAUCUACCCACUUCCCAUGUUGUCACCCGUUUAGAAAGCCUCAUGUGAGGAAUAACAAGAUCAUUCACAAGCUGUCAAGCCUUAGACAUGGAUCGGUUGUUUUGGUUUUCUCUCCUGCUCACCUACCUUCCAGUAACUGAGAGCAUGACAAAAGAUGUGAGCUGCUUAUUACAGCCAAACAAGGUGAUCUGGCGGAAAACAGGACAAACUGCUGUUCUCAAUUGUACCAGUUCACUUUGUUCAGCCAGACCCCUGCAUUAUGAGUGGUUUACUUUCAAAGAAAACUUCCACUUUCGUCUCAACCUGAAUAGCAAUUCUCUAAAGUACAGCCUGGACGGAGCAUCUUUAAUCAUCAAGUCACUUGAUGUUAAUGACAGCGGGAUCUACUACUGUGCUGCAGUAUCGAGUGGACCCCCAAAACCCGACGCCCAGCACGUAGGGUUGGGUACAACUCUUGUAGUGAGGGAACAAAUUAAAACAAUGGCAAAGUCCAUUCUUCUGUGGGUUUCAUUUGUCCUCUUGGCCAUCUACAGCUUGGCAGUAGUGAUACUUAUUCUAAAGAAGCAUGGCUGCAAUAUGAGCAUCUGCAGAAGGAAUUGCAAAACUGACAAGAAUACCUCACCUAAAAAAGCACAAUUCCAUGACGUGUUACAAGAAAUGUACAGAAGACGGAACUUGGACAAAAGCAAAAAAACUGUGGGCAGAAACCGUUCUCAAGAUGAGGCUGCAAGCACAGAGUUCAAGAGCUCAACUGAUGACAUCUAUCAAAAUGUAAAAAUUUCACAGCCAUGAAACACCUGAUGGUGACAGAAGAGAUGAGCACAU